AUGGUCAAACGAUUCUUCCCCCCUAGUUUGGCCCAAGUCCUGUGGCUACAGACCAGGGCAGGGCGCAUGGGUGCAAGCUCCAGUUGCUGUCAGAGCGACGAGCAGCAAGUUCAGGUUCAGGUGAUAUCUACUCAUACUGGCAAUGGACUGGAAGUCCAGUUCGCGGAGCAGUCGGAUGUGCAGGACGUGCAGAGCACUCCGGACCCUCGCAGCAUGAGCAGAGCGAGGCGUAGUCUUCUCCUGAAGACAGCGUUCUUUAUCAACGACGAGCUGCUCCGUGGCAUUUCCAUGAGGGAGUCUUUGCGCAAUGCAGGAAGCCUGUGGCGCAUUUCUCCUUCCGAUUUGCAACAGAAAGACAAGGCUGCUUUAAGGCAAUGUUCAGCUCCGGUGAAGGGCUUUGACAUAUUUCUAUCACACACUUGGCGCACACACGGUUUCUGGAAAUACUUGUCUCUCUCCUUUCACUACGGCUGGAUGCACUGCAUGAUUGGAUGGCUGGUCACGACUAUGACAGUCGAGUUUCUCUUCUUCCUUGACAUUCUACCAUCGUUCUGGCAGACUGAGGUCCAUUUCCAGGACAUAACGGCAACCUACCCUUUCGGGGGUUGGGCCUUGUGUCUUGGAAACCUCGUUUCGCUUACAGCCUUCUUCUUGGCACCCUACUUGCCCGACUUUCGCAGAGCGCAGACCUGUUUUUUGGACGUUGCCAGUAUAGAUCAGGUCGACCCGGAGAUUAUGGAGCAAGGCGUCUACGGGUUGGGUGCUUUUCUGAAAGCCUCCGCAGAGCUGCGAAUACUCUGGUCGGAACCAUAUCUGUCGCGGAUCUUGUGGUCUCGACGUUUCGUGGCCGGAAGUGCAGGUUGUGGUGUGUGUUCGAGGUGGCCGCCUAUCGAACUGCAAACCCAACGGGCAAGAUCACUCUUGCACCACUUUUUGUGGAGGCCACAGUGGCUGCCCUGUGGACGGGCGGCUGCCUUGUUCCACUAUUGUACCUUCUCGCGAUGA